GGUUGCAGCUGUUUUCCGCGAGCCUUGGAGUACCAGCUCGGGGCUGGCUGGGCGCAGCAGGUUGCCCUCCCUCCCUCCCUCCCUCGGCCGCGACUCCCGACGCCCCCGCGGCGGAGGCGUCUCGGCCCCCCCUUAGUCCUCCCUCCCUCCCUCUGCCCGCCGCCGCCGGCGGGGCGAUGGGGAGGCGCCCGGCGAGGCAGGAGGCUCGGGCCGGCCAGCCGGAGGAGCAGCCGCGGCAGAGGCGGCGUUGGCGUUGAGCGGGGCCCGCGGCGGCGAGCGGCUCGAGAUCAACAGCCAUGGGCUCUGCAGGGGCAGACCACUUCAAAGACAUCAGCCCUGUGGUGACUCCAGAGGGGAAUGUGGUGAUGAGCUUCAGCUUUGACAGCUACCAGCUGGAAGAAGAGGAGCUGCAGGCUAAAGGGUGUCAGGCCAAAGGAGUCCUCACUUUCAUGGAGCCAGUCUGUGAAGACCCCGAACCCCAGGAUCGCUACCAUGGGAUUUAUUUUGCUAUGCUGCUAGCAGGAGUUGGGUUUCUCUUGCCAUAUAAUAGCUUUAUCACAGAUGUGGACUAUCUUCAUCACAAGUACCCAGGGACCUCUAUCGUCUUUGAUAUGAGCCUUACCUACAUCUUGGUAGCCUUGGUAGCCGUCAUCCUCAACAACGCCCUGGUGGAAAUGCUGAGUCUCCAUACCAGGAUCGCUGUGGGGUACCUCUUUGCCCUGGGGCCCCUCCUGUUUGUCAGCAUCUGCGAUGUCUGGCUGGAUCUCUUCACCCGGCGGCAAGCCUACGCCAUCAACCUCAUUGCAGUGGGGGUUGUGGCCUUUGGUUGCACAGUGCAGCAAUCCAGUUUCUAUGGCUACACCGGGAUGUUACCAAAGCGCUACACCCAGGGAGUGAUGACUGGCGAGAGCACUGCUGGGGUCAUCAUUUCCCUGAGCCGCAUCUUCACCAAGCUCCUCUUGUCAGACGAGAAAGCGAACACCAUCAUCUUCUUCUUCAUCUCCAUUACCCUUGAGCUUAUUUGCUUUGUCCUUCACCUCUUGGUCAAGCGGACACACUUUGUGAAGUACUACACCGCUCGCUCUCGGGACGGGGAACCCAAGUUCAAAGGGGCUGUGGACCACAGCACUGGAUACAGGGUCCACCAUGAUGUCACUGCAGAAGAUAUCAGAUUUGAGAACCGGCAUCGUGGGCAACAGAGCUCUCCUCCGGACACCUUUGGCCAGGAAGGGGAGCUGGCGGGCAGCGGCACCUACAUGAGAUUUGACGUCCCUCACCCUAAAUUCCAAAGGAGCUGGCCCAGUUUCAGAGAUAUGAUGCUGCAUCGCUACAUCGUCUCCAGAGUGAUUUGGGCCUACAUGCUCUCCAUAGCGGUGACUUACUUCAUCACGCUGUGCCUCUUCCCUGGGCUGGAGUCGGAAAUCCGGAACUGCACUCUCGGAGAGUGGCUCCCCAUUCUUACCAUGGCUAUCUUCAACCUCUCAGACUUUGUGGGCAAGAUCCUAGCCGCCUUGCCUUACGACUGGAGAGGAACCCAUCUUCUUGUAUACUCUUGCCUGAGAGUGGUCUUCAUCCCUCUCUUCAUAAUGUGCGUUUACCCCAAUGGCAACCCCACCUUUAGCCACCCCGCCUGGCCCUGUGUCUUCUCCCUUCUCAUGGGGAUCACCAACGGAUACUUUGGCAGUGUGCCCAUGAUCCUGGCAGCUGGCAAAGUGAGCCCUGAGCAGCGCGAACUGGCAGGGAACACUAUGACAGUCUCCUACAUGACGGGGUUGACCCUGGGCUCCGCAGUGGCGUAUUUCGCCUAUAGCCUCACCAGCACAUCCCACAGCACCUGCUUCCACACUGAAACCUACAACGGCUCCAUCACAGAAGGCUACUGAGAGGGCAGCCUCUUCUGAUUUGCAAGGUUGUUGCAGGCAAGAGGGGAAGAGGUGGGGCUCCCGCAAAUCGGCUCCCCUGCAGGAUGAGCUCCAGGCAUGUCUGGACUGUGGUGGGAAACCCCAACCUCACAGGGGCUGAUUUUCACUUGGAGGACAGGCAAAGGGGAAAUUCUCCGGCUCAAGGCUUGUUGAAACAAACUCUCCUGUUUAUUUCAAGUGGGCUCAUGUGCAGGAUCAUUUUCCUGCAGGGUGUUCCCCAUGGACUGGAUCUGGCUGCCCUCCUUAAAAUCCUGAUACAGCCACUGCCUGGCCCCUUUCCUUGUGAUAGGAGAACCACCACCACCCCACUCCCCCAACACAAAUUCUCCUCCCCUUUCCAGGGCCUGCAAGCUCUGCCACAAACUGGCCGUGGGAGAGGCCUGGCUUUUGCACUCGAAGCUGUUUGUGUGUUUUGCAGGGAAAGGGCUUGAGGAGGGAAACAGCCACAAGGGAUGCUUUGUGCAAAGGGGGCCGAGUUGCUUCUUUUAAUAAUAAUAAUAAUAAUAAUUUUAAUUUAUAAGUCGCCUAUCUGGCCAAUGGCCACUCUAGGCGACGUACAACUCAAUUAAAAUACAUCAUAAUAAAUACAGUACAACAAUAAAACAGUAAAACAGUGACAGUUCAGAGUAGCAGGCAAUUAGUCAAAAAGAUUUACCCUCCCCGGAGGCAGGCAGGCAGGGAUAAGAAAUGGGAAGAGGGUUAGAUGGGUUCAGGCAGGUACACCAAGAAGGCUUGUUAAUAAACUGGCCUUUCCCCUGAAGCUGCUCCAUCCUGAUUGGUCUUGUCGUGAUACUUUUUCUCCUGUCAUAGACUUGUCCAAUUAAAAUAAAAAAUAGGCUUGCUUAUUUUACGUUAUGGAGGAGAGUAAACAUGUGGAGCAACUUUUACUGGAUCAUAUCGCUUAAGGCUGCAGGGGAGGAGCUGGUAUCUGAACAUUCUCCUACUAAAAAUCAACCACACCUCCCCGUUACAUGGAAAGGUAACAUGUAGGAAAGUUCUAACUUGCUCUUCUUCCUGACCUGCUACCUUUCUAAGUGCGGGGCAGCUAUGUGACAAUUCAAACAUGAGAUCCCCUCUCUCCCUCUCUCUCCGCCCUUAGUUUUUAAGUGGCACAAGCCAGGAAAACUGCACUGUGUGAUCCUAUUGGACAUAUAGGUUGGCUGUAAUCUCUCAGGUUGCAGGAAGCAUGUAGCGUGGCCUAGCUGUCCAUGGGCUCCAGUCAAAGGAUUUUAGGAAUCUUUUCUCCAAAAUAUUAAAGGGACAGGAGCCUCCAUCAGGAAAAGCAAGUGAGCUGUCCUGUCCUCUUCUUCUUCUUCUUCCCAUGUCUUAUCAUUGGGGCAGUAAAUGAGUGAAGCCCCCAAAACAUUCCAAUACUGCAGCAAGGACAGCAGCUGACAGUUUUGCUCCAAGACCUCUUUAGUUCUAGAUACUUUUAAGUGGGGCAGUCUCCACAACCACCACUGACUGCUGUGUAAACAAAAUUAGGUUGCCCCAAGUUGAGACUGUAGGGGAGGUAUUGCCCCACAAGCUGUGACAGAUCUGCUUGAGCUGGACAAGCACCAAAUGCGCGUCCUGACCCAACAGCCACUCCAGACGCCCAGGUCUCCAGUGAGGCAGCUGGCUGCAUUGUCUGGCUCCUCAGUGGCCUCUGCAAGCUUGCAAGCUGCUUUUCUAACAGCAAUCUCUUCAUCAAAUCAAGAAUUGCCAAGAUGCAGCCCUCCCCUCUCAUCUUUGAGAAUAGCCUUCGACAUCUGGAAACCCGCUAGUUGCUGCAAUGAAAAACCAAGUUGGGAGAUGUGGGGCGCUGUUUGUAUGUGAUUUGGAGAGGAAACUGGUGGGGGUGAGGGGGUGCUUUAUCGUUCACCCUCCAGCCAUGUGUCUCCAUCAUUUCCCAACUUUCCCCCCUCUUGUGGCUAAGAGACAUUUGGGAAGCCCAGCUGGAGGUGUGGGUAGAGGGGACAAGUGGAUCAGAUGGGUGGCCGAACCACCCUUUCCAGGCUGCCUCCAAAGAGGACCGUCUGCUGCUUCGUAGCUGGUUGGAGUGCUGGGCUCCCAGUUCUGUGUCUGCCAGCAAAGGUCGGUUUUAUCCCUUUCUCCCACUUAUGCACCCUCAAGUCCCACAGUCUGCAUUGCUUCUGCUCCUCUGGCUUACCCACGGGCAGUGGUUUUGCUAAUCAAGUUAGUGUGGCACACUCAAACCAUGUUGCCGAUUACCCAUCUUAGCUGCUUGGUGUGUGCAUGCCCAGCUAUGUCUCUUGUUCAGCACAGCUGACCUGCCAUUGCUCACUUCCACAGGUUGGCAUUAGAGUGGCUGGCUGGGCCGAGAAAGAGUUUCUUAGAAGAAGGCAGGGAGUUCACCCCAUCUUGCCAUUGUGGAUUCUUGUGCGCGAGUACACGUGUGCGUUCCUAUGUGUGGUUGCUGAUGAAUAAAGUUAUUGGGU